AUGAGCGGGAUUUGGUACGAUAUAUGCUCCGGUGUGAUAUCAACUUGUUUUCUUACGGUACUGUUUAUAUUAGCACUUUGGCAUAAUCUGAUCUCAUGGUUUCACAAGAAAGAUCCCAGAGAUAUCAGAGGAUCUAAGUCGGCAAUCAAGCCACGGCGCGAACUGCGACGUCGUUCUUCGUCAGUGAAUUCGGAAACACCGUUUGCUUUGACAGAGUUUGAUGAAGCUAAUAAUAUCGAAUAUGAUCAUACGGUGACAAGCGGCGAGGCCGUCGGCAAAGAUGAAUUACCUCGAACUCGAAGUUCUGAAGGUGGGAAUCCGUUCGCCGAUUUGUUGAUGGCUGAGGAUUUCCGAUUGGUACCGAGACUUGGUUAUUAUUAUGAACAAUACGAUUUGGAUUUCGAAUCCUUUGAGGUCACUACUGAAGAUGGGUUUGUUAUAGAAUUAUGGCAUCUUAGGUCCAAAUCUGCCGGAGACAAGUCGUCUGACAAGUCAGAUCGUCAUCCGGUUCUGUUGCUACACGGGUUGUUACAGAGUAGCGGAUCGUUUGCCUCGAGUGGGAGAAAAUCUUUGGCAUAUUACCUGGAAGAACAAGGUUUUGACGUUUGGCUGGGCAACAACAGGUGUGGUUUCAAACCCAAAUGGGCGCAUAUCGAAAAGGAUGCGCAUUGGGACUGGGAUUUGAAAGAAAUGGUCAAAUACGAUUUACCUGCACUGGUCGAUGAAGUGCUCGUUAAAGCUGGUAAACCUAAAAUAUCGCUUGUGGCACAUUCUCAAGGCACUACGCAAGUUUUCAUGGGACUCGUCAACGGUGAAGCACUCUAUGACGGGUCCUUUCGACUUAUUGACAAAAUCGAGAAUUUCGUCGCAUUGGCACCUGCGGUGUAUCCCGGGCCAUUACUCGACGAAAAAGGGUUCAUUCGAUUCAUGUCACGUUACGUCGCUAAACCAUGGGCAUUUGGUCGCGGAUCGUUUCUACCGCUCAUGAGCGUUAUGCGCAAACUAAUGGUUGGCUCAAAGUUGUUUUCGUUUCUAUCCUAUGUCAUGUUCAACUAUUUAUUCGAUUGGAACGACACUCUAUGGGACAAACCACUACGAGACCGGCAUUUCCUUUUCUCCCCCGUGGUCAUCUCGGUCAAAUUGAUGCGGUGGUGGCUUGGGGAUGGCCGCAACGCUCCUUGUUUCAAGAAUUUUGCUGAGACUACUUUCCCUGACUCGAAAACUUGGUUCCCGGUGCAAUCUGGCCCCCCCAAAAUUCAAAUUGAAAAUCAUCUCAACAUUCCAAGACCCACCGUAACCGAUUUUCCCCGGUUUUUGAUCUUCAUCCCGCGUCAGGACCGUCUUGUCGACGGUGAACGUCUCAUAAACCAUUUUAUUGAUCAUGAGUCCCAUUCCUUGUACAAGAUUUGGUACAUCGACGAAUACUCGCACCUGGAUGUCCUAUGGGCUCGGGACGUUGUCCAACGUAUUGGCAAACCCAUGGUAGAUAACCUAAGGAUACCCACGCUUUAG